CGGCGGGCGGGAAGAUGGCGGCGGGCGGCGGGGGCGGGGGCGGCGGCGGCGGCGGCGGCCCUGAGGCGCCAGGUUGCAGCCCUUGCUGUGCCCCCCUCGGGGAGCCCUGAGGCCCCACACGCCCCCCGAGAUGAGCAGCAAGGACCCCCCCGAGGUCUCAGCAGAGAGGGGACACCUGAAGGUUUUCCUGCCCCGGAAGCUGGUGGAGUGUCUGCCCAAAUGUCCCGUGCUGCCCAAGGAGCAGCUGCGCUGGAACACCAACGAGGAGAUUGCCUCGUACCUCAUCACCUUUGAGAAACACGACGAGUGGCUCUCGUGCUCCCCCAAAACCAGGCCGCAGAACGGGUCGGUGAUCCUGUACAACCGGAAGAAAGUCAAGUACCGCAAGGAUGGCUACUGCUGGAAGAAACGCAAGGAUGGCAAAACCACCCGCGAGGACCACAUGAAGCUGAAGGUGCAAGGAGUGGAGUGCCUCUACGGCUGCUACGUGCACUCCUCCAUCGUGCCCACCUUCCACCGCCGCUGCUACUGGCUGCUGCAGAACCCCGACAUCGUGCUGGUGCACUACCUGAACGUGCCGGCCAUGGAGGAGUGCGGCCGGGGCUGCGCCCCCCGGCUCUGCAGCCCCCCGCUCUGCUCGGGGGCCCCCCCGCUCUGCGACCCCCGCGAGUGGCUCAAGUGGUCCCAGGAGGAGCUGGUGGCUCAGCUGCGCCCAUUCCAUGGGGUGAAGUGGGGCUGUAAUGGCGGGGCCGCCCCCGGGCUGUCCCUGGAGCAGCUGGUGCAGCACGUCCUGGAGAGGCACCAGGCCCGGCCGCCCCCCCGCACCCACGCCUGCCUCUGCGCCGGGGGGCUGGGCACCCCCGGCCAUAAGUGCAGCAGCACCAAGCACCGAAUCAUCUCCCCAAAAUUGGAACGGGCGGGGGUCGCCGCCCCCCCUGGGGACCCCCACCCCAAACCCGCCCCCUCCUCCCCGGACACCACCCAGCCCUCCCCGGCGCCCCCCGAGGGACCCCCGCGACCCUUCCCUUUUCCCCCCUCCUCAUCCUCCUCCUCCUCGGCGGGUGCUGGGGGGGCUCUGCCCCUGCUGGUGGUCGCCAGUUUAGGGGGUGGGGGCGCGGCGGCGCCGGGGGGUCCCGAGCAGCCCCUGGGGCUGACCCCGAGCCAGCACCUGGUGGGGACCCCCGAGGGGUCGUGCCCCACGGCGCCGCCCCCGCUGCAGCCCCCCGCCGCCGCCUUCGACCCCGACUGCUUCCUCAACAGCCCCCGCCGCGGGCAGACCUACGGCUGCGAGGCCGACCCCCCCCCCGGCGCGCCCCCCCCGCCCGCCUUCCCCCUGCCCUUCCCCGAGCUGCUUGCUGGGCGGUGGGGGCGACACGGGGGGGGUCCCCCCGACCCUGCGCGACCCCGCCCACGCCCCCCCCCCCACCACCAGCUCCCCUCCUCCCCCUCGGGCCCCCCCAGCGACCCCCCCCCCGCCGUGGCCAUCACCGAUUUCUCCCCGGAGUGGUCGUACCCCGAGGGCGGGGUCAAGGUGCUGAUCACGGGGCCCUGGGGGGACCCCGGUGCCUCCUACUCGUGUCUGUUCGACCGCACCUCGGUGCCCGCCGCGCUGGUCCAGCCGGGCGUGCUGCGCUGCUACUGCCCCCCCCACGAGGCCGGCGUGGCCGCCCUGCGCGUGGCCUGUCCCCCCCCGGCUCUCUCGGCCGCGGCCCCGUUCGAGUACCGGGCGCGGGGGGCGGCCCCCGGGGCACAGCUGGACUGGCUGGCGCUGGACGAGGCCCAGUUCCGUCUGUCCAUCCUGGAGCGCCUGGAGCAGCUGGAGACGCGUCUGGGGGCCCUGCCCCCCCCGCAGGGGGCUCCCUCCGAGACCCCCCCCGAGCAGGGGCCGGGCUCCUCCUUCGAGGCGCGGGUGGUGGCCGUCUGCGAGGCCAUGAUGGCGCGGCCGGGCUGGUCAGCGGGGACAGCGCCGGGGACAGCGGGGGCCUCGCUGCUGGCGCACGUGACGUUCCGUGGGAUGACUCUGCUGCACCUGGCGGCUGCCCAGGGCUACGCCAGCCUGGUGGAGGCUCUGCGGCGCUGGCGGGCGCUGGCAGUGGAGAGCCUGGAGCUGGAGCAGGAGAUCGACCCCCUCAACGUGGACCAUUUCUCCUGCACCCCCCUGAUGUGGGCGUGCGCCCUGGGGCACCGGGAGGCGGCGGAGCGGCUGUGCCGCUGGGACCGGCGGGCGCUGGCCGUCCCCGACACCCUGGGCCGGCUGCCCCUGGCCCUGGCCCGUGCCCGCGGCCACCUGGCCCUUGUCACCCGCCUGGAGGAGCUGCAGGUGUCACCCGUGUCCCCUCGCUGCCACCUGCCCGGCCUGCGCGUCCCCUCCCCGCUGUCCGCCAGCCCCGACACAGGGCUGAGCACAGCCAGCAGCCUCUCGUCCCCCUCGGGGCUCUCCGAGGGUCCCGGCUCCGUCCCGCUGCCCCCCGGCCCCCCCGGGCCCCCUGACGAUGACGCCUGGGGGGUGGCAGUGCCCCCCAGCCCCCCUGAGGACGCCCUGGCCCCGCCCUCUGAAGCCCUGCAGGCCGAGGUGGUGACCCUGGCCCGCCAGAUCAUCGAGGCCACCCCCGAGCGCAUCAAGCAGGAGGCGCCGGGGGGGCCCCCGGGGGCACUGGGAGCACUGGGAGCACCGGGAGGGACCCCGGGCACAGCGGGGACAGCGGGGACAGCGGGGACAGCGGGGCUGGGCGCUGCCAUGGCCUGGCUGGCCACCUACCUGGAGAGCGUGGACCGGCCCCCCGCACCUGGGCACAGGGCAGAGGUGGCCUCCUCGCGGGGGUCCCCGGGGGUCCCCGAGCGGCCGCCCCCCCCCUCGGCGGCGGGCUGGGCCGAGUUCCUGAACGCCUCCGGGGGGGCCCGGGGCGAGGGGGGGGCCGUGGCCCUGCUGACCCUCAGCGACCAGGAGCAGCACGAGCUCUACGAGGCCGCGCGGCUCGUCCAGGGGGCCUUCCGCAAGUACCGGGGCCGGAGGCUGAAGGAGCAGCAGGAGCUGGCGGCCGCCGUCAUCCAGCGCUGCUACCGCAAGUACAAACAGCUGACCUGGAUCGCUCUGAAGUUCGCGCUGUUCCAGCGGAUGACGCAGGCCGCCAUCCUGAUCCAGAGCAAGUUCCGCAGCUACGCGGAGCAGAAGCGCUUCCAGCGCCGCCGGCGGGCGGCCGUGCUGAUCCAGCAGCGCUUCCGCAGCCUCCGCCAGCACCGGAGCACCUUCCUCACCCUCAAGCAGGACCAGGCAGCGCGGAAGAUCAUGAGGUUCCUGCGGCGCUGCCGCCACCGGAUGGAGGAGCUGAAGCAGAACAAGGACGUGGAGAGUUUACAGACGCGGGGCCUGGCCUCGUGACCCCCCCACGGGGCUGGGGGACCCUCAGUGCCCCCCCCGCGGGGGGGAGCUCCCCUCGCUGUCCGCCCUCCCCAGGCGUGUCCGUGUGUCCGGCUGUCCCCGUGGGGAGGGGCAGGAGGGGGCAGA